AUGUCUGAAUCUCAGUAUACUCUCUACUCUUACUUCCGAUCUUCGUGCUCAGCGCGUAUUCGUAUCGCUCUCAACGCAAAAGGAAUUCCCUAUGAGCUGGCAUUCAUCAAUCUUCUCAAAAAUGAGCAUCUCUCCGACUCUCAUAAAACUCUCAAUCCAUCAGCUUCCGUCCCAGUUCUCGUCUCAAAUGCGUCAGGCGACAAACCUUUCCGCAUCGGUCAAUCCGUCGCAGCCCUAGAAUACCUCGAAGAAAAGCAUCCUUCCCAUCCUCUCCUCCCCUCCAACCCAGAAGCCCGCGCAACAGUGCGAACCCUCGUCAACAUCGUCUGCGCAGAUAUCCAGCCUGUUACGAACCUGCGCAUUAUGCGUCGUGUCAGAGAACUCGGUGGAAAUGCAGAGGAGUGGAAUAAGCAGCUCAUGACUGAUGGACUCAAGGCUUAUGAGGAGGUCGUGAAGGACUUGGCGGGGAAGUGUAGCGUUGGUGAUGAACUGACGCUGGCGGAUGCCUGUCUUUUACCUGCGAUGUGGAAUGCUGAGAGGUUUGGGGUUGAUUUGACGCUGUUUCCGACGAUUGGCAAGAUUGUGGAUGGUUUGAAGGAUCAUCCUGCUGUUGUGAAGGCGCAUUGGCAGAAUCAGCCUGAUACGCCUGAUAAUCUCAAGGCAUGA